AUGAACGAUGUAAUUAUUAGGUUUCUUUUCUAUUUUUUUAUUCUCUUAUUCCAAAGUAAUGAAAUCUAUUCAUCAUCUCUUAUAAUUCAUUACUCAUCAUUUGAACGUAUUAUUGAUCAAUUAUUAUAUAAUUCAACAUUGCCUCAAUGUACAAUAUCAACAUGUGAACAAACUCAAACACAAGCAAAUUUUUCUCAUAUAAAACUAUCUGAUGAAACCUUAUUAAAAUUAGCAAUAUAUAAUAAAUCAGAUAAAAAACAUCCUGGACCAUAUCUUAUAGCUUCAACUGGUAUUUAUCAAGGUAAACGACUUAAAUAUCGUGAUCAAUAUAUUGAUCAAUUUCUUGGUAUUUAUUAUGGUGAAUUACCUGAACCUUUAAAGAAACCAGUCAAAAAACGUUUUAAGUAUGUAUUACAAAAGGCAACAAAAUUUAGUCCAUCUUGUAUGCAAUCAUUAUCAGUGACAAAAAAUCUUUCCUAUGGUUCAUUUAUUAUGCAACAUGAUUUUAAUAAGAAUUGUCUUUCAUUAAAUAUUUAUCGAGCUGAUUUACGUUAUGGAGAAAAACGUAAAGCCAUCAUGAUAUUUUCUCAUGGAGGGUCAAAUCAAUUAGGCAGUGGAUCAUUAUUUGAUGGAACUAUAUUAGCUGGUGAAGGUGAUAUUAUUGUUGUAACAAUGAACUUUCGUCUUAAUUAUCAUGGGUUUUUAGCAAGUGGAGAUGAUCGAAUCAAAGGUAUAUAUUAUUGUUUUGUUUUUAUAAACAAAAAGACAAUGGAGAGUUUUAUUUGA